CAGUUUUGGGGUUCCACAAGAUGUCUUCCACAUAAUAAAAUCAACAUGGUCUUUACGGCUUAUAUGUUAAAAUCUGUGUCGUAAACUAUUAUUAUUAUUAUAUUCCUAUAAUAAGAAUUCUUGUAACUGUAUAUUUCUGAGCUAGAUUUUACAUAUGUAUAAAGUACACUGUACAGUGUCUAAAAUGUGCAAUUCAGCAUUUUUUACUGUGUAGAAGUAGCUGCGAUGUAUUUUAACGUUCACCGACUGAACCAAUAAACCAAACUAUUUUACUAUUACGUUACUAUUUCAAAAUCUCGAAUCCACCGCCGACCCUAACACACCCUCAGACGUGUACUCUGCCGUCUGCUGCGACGCAUUAUGCAGUGCGAGCAAACCCCAGCUGCACGCUUGUCACAGUUGACCAGACACCCUCUGGCGUUCCUGUAACACAGGAGUACAACAAUGGCCGUGUGGUCUAUCGCCUACACAAUACUACAGUGGGUGAAAGCCGUGCUGUUCUGUGUUGGUUCCUGGCUGGGUAUCGCCGGGGUUGUACGACACAUGCAAUAUGGCCUGCUGUUCGCCACGAGCAAGGAGGAGAUAGAGAGACUACAGCUGAAGUGGAUACCAAGAGGUCUACAAGAAUGGUUAAAGAAGAAAGCGAUCCAAGUGUUUGGAGAGAGAACCUGGAAGUACCAGGACUCCCUCCCACCUUUACCUGUACCUCCUCUCAAGAACACACUGGACAAGUAUCUAGAGUCAGUCAAACCUUUCGUUACGGCGGAGGAAUACAAGCAGACAGAGGCGGUGGUGAGGGAGUUUGAAGAAGGUGUUGGCCAAUCGCUGCAUCAGCAAUUACUGGAGAGAGCAAAAGUUCACAGGAAUUGGCUAGAAGACUGGUGGUUGGAUGUGGUGUAUCUGAGGUCUCGCCUCCCGUUACCGUUAAACUCCAACAUCUCCGGGUCCAUCCCCACGUUUGAGCACAUCUGGCCGCCCCAGGAGGGGAGCAUCAUGGACAGGGUUCCCGCACACCUGUGGCAAGGCCUGCAAAUGUGGAAGCUACUCAGGAAGGAGCAGAUACCUGUGGACAAGGCUGUAAGAACAGGCCAGCCGUUUUGUAUGAACCAGUUUCGCAAAAUGGUUUCAACUCACCGGAUCCCUGGUGUGGCUAUGGACAAGCUUGUUAGCCAUUUUAGGACAGAAGCUGAAGGCGCAGCACCCACCCACAUUACUGUGCUUUGCAAAGGACGCGUGUUUAAGCUAGAGGUCAUCGACCGAGAGGGCGAACCCUUGACCCCACCCGAACUGAAAAGACAACUGGACAGUGUAAAAGAACAAUGUGAGAAUGCUCCGGAGGGACCUCACAUCUCCACACUAACAGCAGAAGACAGGACGAAAUGGGCAAAGGUGAGAGAUAAGCUGAUGGCGAUGGAUGCUGUCAACGCUGACCACCUGUCAAUCAUUGAACAAAGUAUCGUCAUCCUGGCAUUUGACGAUGCCACCCCAAAGAACCAUGGCGAGAACUUCUAUGAGACAUUGGCGGGCAAUGCCCAGAACCGCUGGUUCGACCAUAUCAGUACCAUAGUGGCUUUCAAGAGUGGACUACUCUGCGCAAACUACGAGCAUUCCCCAGCCGAUGCCAUGGUUCAUGUAUACGCUGGUUACUUCAUCAACUCCCAGCUGCAGCGCAUGGGACCAUUCUGGAAGGGAAGCGUACCUGAUCGGCUAGUCCCUCAGCCUGAAGAACUCGUUUUCACCAUUGAUGAUGAGAUACGUGAUGCAGUAGUACAGGCUAAAAAAACAUUCCUGAAACAGGCAUCGGAUUUUGAAGUCAUCUGCCCCAGCUUUACCGACUAUGGGAAGAAGUUCAUCCGUAGUUUCAAGCUCCACCCGGACUCCUACAUGCAGACUGCACUACAGCUGGCCUACUUCAGGCUGCAUGGAAAACCAGCUUCGACGUACGAGACAGCAACCCUGCGGCAGUACUACCACGGCCGGACCGAGACUGUCCGGUCCUGCACCAUGGAGGUGGUCAACUGGUGUAAGGCCAUGGUGGACAACUCAGUGCCGACUGAAGAGAAGAAAGAACUUAUGAUGGCUGCAUUUAAGAAACAUAUACAACUGAUGGAGGAGGCAAAAUGCAUGCUGGGGUUUGAUCGUCACCUAUUUGGGCUACAAGUCCUGGCCAUGGGCGCAGGGAUUCCACUGCCUUCUAUAUUUGCUGAUCCAGCUUACACAAAAAGUGGAGGUGGAGGAAACUUUGUCCUGUCCACCAGCCUUGGGGGGUACACACCCUGUCCUGGGGCGGCUGCUCCCAUGGUGCACCACGGCCACGGAAUCUUCUACAGCAUCGAACUAGACAGGAUAACCUACAGUGUGAGUGCCUGGAAGAGUUGUAAGGAGACCAGUGCUGAGGAGAUGUCGGCUAGUAUACAACAGUCACUCAGGGACAUGCGCCAACUCCUCAUGAUGUCAUAAUACAACCAUCGCUGAAAAUACACCAGUUUAGUUUUACUGUUUUGUUACAGUUCGUUGCUGCUAUUGCUGUUAUUCAACAUUCCUAUAUUAACAUUUUAGUAUUGUUGUUAUUUCAAAUUAUAAGCACAGCUGACCAGAAUUAUUUUAAGUCAUAUAUAGUUGAUUAUGUCUUAUGGUGCUUAAUAUUUCAGGGGUUAGUUAAGGCAUUUGAUUUAAUGUGUUAUUUAUUUUCUUCCUAUUUUUCAAACAUCUGUGGUAUCUCUGUUAUAUUUUUGUCUUGAAUUUCAAUGUAUACAUAUCGACUAAUGGAAAAGUAAUGGUUAGAGGGAGAGGGUACAUAUCAGGGCUCUAGGCAUCUCCCGUCAUUACUACGUCAAUUUUAUCACAUAUUUUGGAAAAAAUUCAAGACCAUUCUAUCUACCUUUGCAGUCCCAAAUCAGUGGGAAAGAUCUAGAAAUAUUAAAAUUUGAACAAGCAUUUUAAUUUUAUAAAACCACUGGCAAUGCAUUACUUUUUGAUCCACCCUCAUAUCAAAACAUACCCAGAUACUGGCUUAGAAAUUGAACCACAGUGAAAAUUACUACCAAAUGACAGAAAAAAGGGUUUUUAGGAUUUUUGCAUAAAUGAGAAUUGGGAUGCAAAAAUUGAGCUGGUUAGAGCCCUAGUACAUACACAAAUUCCGGGGCAAUGUAUUCUUGUCAUCCUAGAUAACCUUGAUUGUAUUUAGGCAAGUAGACAAAAGUACUCAGACAUUUAUUACAAAUGAAAACGAAAAUUAAGGAAGAUUGUAUGUAUGCAAGAAGGAUACCCCAAUACUAGUAAAAACCUUAUCAUAUCAUAGCA